GAUACCCAUGCUGUCCCGAUGUACCCGCGCCACCGCCCCGCCGCCCUGGCCGCCCGCCGCCUCCUCCGUGACAACCAGCGCAUCAGCGAGCUCGGCCGCGCUGGCGACGUUGCCGCGGCGCGCCGGGUGUUCGACGCGAUGCCGCAGCGCGACGUCGUCUCCUGGAACGCGCUCCUCACGGCGCUUUGGCGCGGCGGGCGGGACCACCUGCCCGCCGCGCGCCGCCUCUUCGACGCCAUGCCCGCCCGCAACGUCAUAUCCUGGAACUCGGUCAUCGCGGGGUGCCUCGCGCACGGGGAUCUGGCCUCGGCCUCCGCCUACUUCGCGCGCGCCCCGCUGCGGAACGUCGCCACGUGGAACGCCAUGCUCGCGGGGCUCGUCCGGCUCGGCCGCGUGGAAGACGCGGACAGGAUGUUCGGCGAAAUGCCCAGCAGGAACGUGGUGUCGUACACAACCAUGGUGGACGGGCUCGCUCGGUGCGGGGAGGUGACGAGGGCGCGGGACGUGUUUGACUCAAUGCCCGAGAGGAACCUGGUGUCCUGGGCAGCGAUGAUCAGCGGUUACGUUGAGAAUGGCAUGUUCAACGAGGCGAGGGAACUGUUUGAAGCUAUGCCGGAGAAGAAUGUUGUGGCUUGCACUGCGAUGAUCACUGGGUAUUGCAAAGAGGGGGAUGUGGAGAGUGCCAGGAGGCUGUUUGAUGGGAUUCGUGUUAAAGAUGUUAUAUCCUGGAAUGCUAUGAUCACAGGAUAUGUUCAUAAUGGAUAUGGAGAAGAAGCUAUGAGACUGCACGUUGUGAUGCACAAAGAAGGUGUAAAACCAGAUCAUGCAACAAUUAUUGCAGUCCUGACUGUAUCUUCUGCUCUCGCUUUGCUCAGACAAGGAAAAUCCGCACAUGCUAUUGCCAUCAAAACAUUGUUAGAAUCUAGCACCUCCUUUUCUAAUGCUUUGAUGACAAUGUACAGCAGAUGUGGCAGUUUGGGUGAAUCGGAGUUGGUCUUCGUAAAUCUUAAAAGUCAGGAUAUUGUUUCCUGGAACACAAUAAUUGCUGCGUAUGCACAGCAUGGUAAAUAUCAGAAAGUUAUAGCACUAUUCCAUGAGAUGGAAGUGCAUGGACUCACUCCUGAUGACAUUACCUUCCUUAGUGUGUUAUCAGCAUGCGGACAUGUUGGCAUGGUGGACGUCAGCUUGAAAUUGUUUGAUCUGAUGUCAUCCAAAUACGCAAUAUCUCCAAGAGCUGAACAUUAUGCUUGUAUUGUGGAUAUACUGAGCCGAGCAGGGCAAUUGGAGAAAGCUUGUAAUUAUAUAAAAGAGAUGCCAUUAGAAGCUGAGAAGAAUGUUUGGGGUGCCUUGCUUGGAGCUUGUCAGACACAUGGUUACGUGCAGUUGGGCGAACUUGCUGCUAAGAUGCUUGUUCAGUCAGACUCUGAAAGUUCAGGGCCUUAUGUGAUGCUUUCAAAUAUAUAUGCUGCUGCUGGCAUGUGGGGUCAAGUCAAUCAAAUAAGAGGUCAGAUGAAAGAAAGAGGAGUGAAGAAACAACCUGGAUACAGUUGGACGGAAAUCGCUAAUGAAGUUCAUAUGUUUGUGGGUGGUGAUGCGUCUCAUCCAGAGAUGGCAAAGAUCAUAUCUGAGCUGAGAAAAAUGAACUUUCAUAUGAAAAUGGUCACUAAUGAAACUCAUAUAAUGGCAGAACUGGCGUAAGAAUCUGGCUACUACUUCUCAGUCUCCAAGUUCUGAUGCCAUUUGAAACACCCGCUCUACCCAAUCUCUAGUCAUGAGUUCAAGGAUCAGAUUUCUAGGGAGUAGAUUAUUCACCUUGGCUACAUGGAUUUCAAGCAUGGCUUCUAA